AUGGGCCUGACGACGAAUUCUGGCGGCGUGGUGGCCGGUCGGUGGAGGAGACCAGGUCGGGCGGGGGCCGCAGGGAAGCCGGUGGCUGCGGGCUGCAAGGAGGCCGACGACAGCGAGGUGGCGGCGGCAGGUGGUCCCAGGCGGAGCAGCUGGCGGCAGAAUGGGCUGCAUAGGCAAGUGGGGGCCGGGGGCUACAGGUGGCGGCGACGGGCGAUCCCGGGCAGAGUAGCUGGCGAGGGCUGUGCUACAGGCUGCGACCGGGGCAGUGGAACGGGCUGCACAGGCAAGCCGGGGCUAGGGGCUGCAAGCGGUGGUGGUGGUGCAGGGUUGCCGAAGGAUGCCGGGUGGCGGGGGCCGCAGGGAGACGCUGCGGAAGAUGCUGGCGGAGGGAAGACACUACCGGAGGGGGCUGGAGGCCGGUGCCGAUGGGGGCCGGGCUGA